AUGAUUCUUACAUUUUAAUUUGGAAUGAAUACAUUUAAAUAGAUUGAAAGAAGGGAAGAGAGUAUUAAACCCAUAGAUGUCAUAUUAGCCUUAGAUUCUAUCUAAUAUUUUAAAGUAGAUGUAAAGCUCAAAAAAAAUAACCCAAAUUUGAUGAAAUAUACCUUGAAGGAGAAAAAUAUUGUUAACAAUCAGAAUUCCAAGAGAAAUAUGCGAAUAUGA